AUGGGCAACGCGGCUGGCAGCGCCGAGCAGCCCGCGGGCCCCGCCGCGCUGCCCCCCAAGCAGCCCGCGGCCCCCAAGCAGCCGAUGCCCGCGGCCGGAGAGCUGGAGGAGAGGUUUAACCGGGUCCUGAAUUGUAUGAACUUGCCCCCUGACAAGGUCCAGCUGCUGAGCCAGUAUGACAAUGAGAAGAAGUGGGAGCUCAUCUGUGACCAGGAGCGGUUUCAAGUCAAGAACCCGCCUGCAGCCUACAUCCAGAAGCUGAAGAGCUACCUGGAUACUGGUGGGGUUAGCAGAAAGGUAGCAGCUGAUUGGAUGUCCAACCUGGGGUUUAAGAGGCGAGUUCAGGAGUCCACACAGGUGCUGCGGGAGCUGGAGACGUCCCUGAGGACAAACCACAUUGGGUGGGUACAGGAGUUCCUCAACGAGGAGAACCGUGGCCUGGACGUGCUGCUUGAGUACCUGGCCUUUGCCCAGUGCUCUGUCGCGUAUGACAUGGAGAGUACAGACAACGGGGCCUCCCACUCGGAGAAGAGCAGGCCCCUGGAGCAGUCAGUGGAAGAUCUCAGCAAAGGUCCACCCUCAUCCGUCCCCAAAAGUCGCCACCUGACCGUCAAGCUGACCCCGGCCCACAGCAGGAAGACGCUGCGGAAUUCCCGCAUCGUCAGCCAGAAGGACGACGUGCAUGUCUGCAUCAUGUGCUUGCGUGCCAUCAUGAACUACCAGUCUGGCUUCAGCCUUGUCAUGAACCACCCAGCCUGUGUUAAUGAGAUUGCUCUGAGCCUCAACAACAGGAGCCCCAGAACCAAGGCUCUGGUGCUGGAGCUGCUGGCAGCUGUGUGCCUGGUGCGGGGAGGACACGAUAUCAUCCUUGCGGCCUUCGACAACUUCAAGGAGGUAUGUGGGGAGCGACACCGCUUUGAAAAGCUGAUGGAAUAUUUCCGGAAUGAGGACAGCAAUAUUGACUUCAUGGUGGCCUGCAUGCAAUUCAUCAACAUCGUGGUACACUCCGUAGAGAACAUGAACUUCCGUGUCUUCCUGCAAUAUGAGUUCACCCACCUGGGCCUGGACCUGUACUUAGAGAAACUUCGACUCACUGAGAGUGACAAGCUGCAGGUGCAGAUUCAGGCCUAUCUGGACAAUGUGUUUGAUGUGGGAGCGCUACUGGAGGACACUGAGACCAAGAAUGCUGUACUGGAGCACAUGGAGGAGUUACAGGAGCAGGUGGCACUGCUGACAGAGCGGCUUCGGGAGGCGGAGAACGAAUCCAUGGCCAAGAUCGCCGAACUGGAAAAGCAGCUAAGCCAGGCUCGCAAAGAGUUGGAGAUCCUGCGGGAGCGCUUCAGCGAAUCGACCGCCAUGGGCGCCGCCGGGCGUCCCCCCGAGCCUGAGAAAGUGCCUGCCCCCGCCUCGGCGCGGCCCUCGGCCCUAGAGCUGAAGGUGGAGGAGCUGGAGGAAAAGGGGUUAAUCCGUGUCGUGCGGGGGCCCGGGGAUGCUGUUUCCAUCGAGAUCCUCCCGGUCCCUGCGGCAACGCCGAGCGGCGGUGAUGCUCCGACUCCGGCUCCGGGGGUGCCCCCCAGCUCCCCUAGCCCAGACCUCCCACCUGCAGCAGAGCCGGUUCCCGGAGCGACACUGCCACCGCCGCCGCCGCCGGCGCCCCCACUGCCCCCACUGCUCGGCCUCGCCUCCCAGCCGGAAGCCCCGCCCCUCCCGGGCAGCGCAGAGCCCCCACCUGCGCCGCCGCUGCCGGGAGACCUGCCGCCGCCGCCGCCGCCGCCGCCGCCGCCGCCGCCCGGCACUGACGGGCCAGUGCCUCCGCCGCCCCCACCGCCUCCAGGAGGUCCCUCUGAGGCCCUUGGAGGGCCCGGCCUAGACUUGGGCCCAGGAGUGAAGGCCAGGAAACCCAUCCAGACCAAGUUCCGAAUGCCACUCUUAAACUGGGUGGCCCUGAAACCCAGCCAGAUCACCGGCACCGUCUUCACAGAGCUUGACGAUGAGAAGGUGCUGCAGGAGCUGGACAUGAGUGACUUCGAGGAGCAGUUCAAGACCAAGUCCCAAGGCCCCAGCCUGGAUCUCAGUGCCCUCAAGGGUAAGGCAGCCCAGAAGGUCCCCAGCAAGGCAACACUCAUCGAGGCCAACCGGGCCAAGAACUUGGCCAUCACCCUGCGCAAGGGCAACCUGGGGGCUGACCGUAUCUGCCAGGCCAUUGAGGCCUAUGACCUGCAGUCCCUCAGCCUGGACUUCCUGGAGCUUUUGACCCGCUUCCUGCCCACGGAGUACGAGCGCAGCCUCAUUGCCCGCUUCGAGCGGGAGCAGCGACCGCUGGAGGAGCUGUCGGAGGAGGACCGCUUCAUGCUGCGCUUCAGCCGCAUCCCGCGCCUGCCCGAGCGCAUGGCCACGCUCACCUUUCUGGGCAACUUCCUGGACACAGCCCAGCUGCUCAUGCCGCAACUGAAUGCCGUCAUUGCAGCCUCAAUGUCCAUCAAGUCCUCUGACAAACUCCGCCAGAUCCUGGAGAUCGUCCUGGCCUUCGGCAACUACAUGAACAGCAGCAAGCGUGGAGCAGCCUACGGCUUCCGGCUCCAGAGUCUGGAUGUGCUGUUGGAGAUGAAGUCAACUGACCGCAAGCAGACACUGCUGCACUACCUGGUGAAGGUCAUUGCUGAGAAGUACCCACAGCUCACUGGCUUCUACAGUGACCUACACUUCUUGGAUAAGGCGGGCUCAGUGUCCCUGGACAGUGUCCUGGGGGAUGUGCGCUCCUUGCAGCGAGGCCUGGAAUUGACGCAGCGAGAAUUUGUGCGGCAGGAUGACUGUGUCGUGCUCAAGGAGUUUCUGAGGACCAACUCGCCCACCAUGGACAAGCUGCUGGCAGACAGCAAGACUGCUCAGGAGGCCUACGAGUCUGUGGUGGAGUACUUCGGAGAGAACCCCAAGACCACAUCCCCCAGCCUGUUCUUUUCCCUCUUCAGCCGCUUUGUCAAGGCCUACAAGAAAGCUGAGCAGGAGGUGGAACAGUGGAAGAAAGAAGCUGCUGCCCAGGAGGCAGGCACUGACACCCCAGGCAGAGGGGAGCACCCAGCACCCAAGUCCCCACCCAAGGUCCGGCGACAACAGAUGGACCUCAUCUCUGAGCUGAAACGGAAGCAGCAGAAGGAGCCACUCAUCUACGAGAGUGACCGCGAUGGGGCCAUUGAAGACAUCAUCACAGAUUUGCGGAACCAGCCUUACAUCCGCGCAGACACAGGCCGCCGCAGUGCUCGCCGGCGACCCCCGGGACCCCCCCUGCAGGUCACCUCUGACCUGUCACUGUAGCCACUAUUUCUGCAGGUGGAUUCUGCAGGGAGGUGGGCCCGUGGGCAAGCUCAAUGAAGUUAUUCCUCAGUUCGGCUGGGCCGGGCAGCCUCCUUUUGCCACAGAGGGCACAUUGCUGGCCCCUUCCCACAAAUGCUGCUUGCAGCAAUUCCCGCCUGCCACAGUCCCCCACAAAUAGCCAUACUUAGACUCAGCAGGAGC